CGCUCGUCCGCCCGCCGCGCCCCGAGCCCGCCGCUUCCCGCCUCAGCGCCCGGCCGCCGCGGCCCAGCGAGCGGCCCAGAUGCAGGCCAUCAAGUGUGUGGUGGUGGGAGACGGAGCUGUGGGUAAGACUUGCCUGCUGAUCAGCUACACGACCAAUGCGUUCCCUGGAGAGUACAUCCCCACUGUCUUUGACAACUACUCUGCCAAUGUUAUGGUAGAUGGAAAACCAGUGAAUCUGGGCUUAUGGGAUACAGCCGGACAAGAAGAUUAUGACAGGUUACGGCCCCUGUCCUACCCACAAACAGUUGGAGAAGCGUAUGGUAAGGACAUUACGUCCAGGGGCAGAGACAAGCCGAUUGCCGACGUCUUCUUAAUUUGCUUUUCCCUUGUGAGUCCUGCAUCGUUUGAAAAUGUCCGUGCGAAGUGGUACCCCGAAGUGCGACACCAUUGUCCCAACACGCCCAUCAUCCUCGUGGGAACGAAGCUGGAUCUUCGGGAUGAUAAAGACACCAUUGAGAAGCUGAAGGAGAAGAAGCUGACACCCAUCACCUACCCGCAGGGCUUGGCCAUGGCCAAGGAGAUCGGUGCUGUGAAAUACCUGGAGUGCUCGGCCCUCACGCAGCGAGGCCUCAAGACAGUGUUCGACGAAGCGAUCCGCGCGGUCCUCUGCCCGCCUCCCGUCAAGAAGAGGAAGAGGAAGUGCCUGCUGCUGUGAGCGCCGCGUCCCCCGGCCCGGCCCUCAACCUUUGUACGCUUUGCUCAGAAACGGUGGAGCCUUCGCACUCAAUGCCAAGUUUUUGUUACAGAUUAAUUUUUCCAUAAAACCGUUUUGAACCAAUCAGUAAUUUUAAGGUUUCUGUUUUAAAUGUUAAGAGUUCAGACUCACCUUUAUUAAAAUUUAGCCCUAAAUGACAAGCCUCCUUAAAGCCUUAUUUUUCAAAAGCCCCUGUUCUUGCUCAGAGUAAGCGUUGCCAAAAUACCUUCCUACACGAAGUUGCAUUGUUGUGCUGAGAACACUAAGCACUAAGCACUAAGCGGUUGAAAGACCAGUGUAGCUCCCGGAGUUAGCGGUGCGGCUGCGUGCGCGGCAGUGUUCAGACGACAAAGCAGGACAGCCCCCCGCUGACAGGUGGCCACUUCACACAGCAGCCGCUUGUCAGCCCCUUCCCUACCUGACACCGCCCCGCACGGCACAGCUCAGCUCCGGAGCGCUCCGAUUUCCUAGUGAGUUUUCCGGAAACAGCCAGCCAGCUUCCGCCGAGAUGCUGACAGAACUCACGGAGCCUCUUAGUUGUGCGCGCUGUGGGGUGGAGGCAGCUGUGUCACAGGACGGAGACAGGAUUUUGACGGGAUAUGGAGGCGUGAGCUCGGGGUCACAGGCCAGCACCUGAGGGCGAGCCCUGUCCCCAGGAGCCGCGGAACAGAGCUGUUACCGGUCCCUGCAGCCUUCCUCCCACACCUGCCAUCCUCCCGGGCGGGCGUCCGUUCAUCUCUGAACUGGUCAUCCCGUAGUUGCCGACUUAGGAAGUGCUUUCCUUCUAGAGCCCUCCUCAAUGAGCAAUAUGCCUCCUUGUAUGAUAACGUCUGAUGAUGCGCUAGGAGCUUUUCCGUAGAUUAGUGCAAGUGCAUUCCCGUUUUCACGUUACUUUAUUCGAAGCUGAUUACGCGCUCUUAGUUCUCCAGUUACUAGGUGUAAAAAUCAUGUGUUGCAGCUUUACAGUUUUUAAGAGAUUUUAGAUACCCGUAAACUACGACCCUUCUAACAUCACCGUCUUGCCAGGUCCCCGACACCGUCACUAACACCGACCCUCACCUCGCCCCCACGGACACGCGCUUCCUGUCGUGGCUUCGCCCUAACAAGGUUCUCUCGGGUCUCUGAGGUUCUGUAAACUGUGCUAGUGCUGACGAUGUUCUGUACAGCCUCACUCACUGGCGAGAACACAGUGUUGGAACUUUCAACCACUAGAACAACGUUUUCUAAAUUGACAGUUGCAGAGUUGUGGAGUGUUUUUACAUUGAUCUUUUGCUAAUGCAAUUAGCAGUAUGUUUUGCAUGUAUGAAUUAAUAAACCCUUGAAUCGUA